AUUCAAAGAAGUCAAAAAACGACUCCUUCUUUACACUCACUAAAGGAGCAAAACACUUUAAUCCAUUGCAAUACUAGAGAGAAAAAGAACCCCAAAAGAAAGAAACAAAGGAAAGGGGUUUCAUUAUCGGAGAUAAAAUAUAACAGCAACACCCAUAAUACAUCGAAGAGCUAGUAUAGUAUACUGCUUCCGUUUCCUGAUUUUCUCUACUUUCAAGCAUUCUACCACUCGUUAAUGGAGGUCAUAAACAGAUAUGUCGCCAUAAAGGCCCCAAUCGAUGGCGUACCAAAAGAGAGCGAUUUCGAACUGAUGAAUCAAAAGUUUUCGCUAUCGAUUAAGCGUGGAUCCAAAGAGAUCAUUAUCAAGAACCUUUAUGUAUCAAUUGAUCCGUAUCACGUUAACCAAAUGAAGACCACCGGUGCUUUAGGUAGAACCAUCGUUCCUGGAGAGGUGAUUAAUAGUUAUGGUGUAGGAAAAGUAAUAGCUUCGGGGAAUCCUAGAUUCGCAAAAGGUGAUUAUGUUGUGGGCAAUAUAAGUUGGGGAGAGUAUUCCAUUUCAAAGGGCUUCUUUCUAAGAAAAUUGGAUCCAAUGGGUUUACCAUUAUCAUACCAUAUUGGGGUUUUAGGGCUUAGUGGGCUUACUGCUUAUGCGGGAUUCUUUGAUAUUUGUAAGCCCAAGAGAGGUGAAACCGUAUUUGUCUCUGCUGCUUCUGGAUCGGUAGGAAAUUUGGUGGGCCAAUAUGCAAAACAAUUAGGGUGUUAUGUUGUGGGCUGUGCUGGUAGCCCAAAAAAGGUUAAAUUACUUAAAGAAAAGCUUGGUUUUGAUGAAGCCUUCAACUAUAAAGAAGAUACCGAUUUAAAUUCAGCUCUCCAAAGGUAUUUCCCUAAUGGGAUAGACAUAUACUUUGACAACGUGGGAGCUCAAAUGCUAGAGGCAGCAAUAUCAAACAUGAACUUAUAUGGUAGGGUUGCAGUUUGUGGGGCCAUUUCAGAAUACACAGACAGUGAAAAACACGCAAAACUAGAUAUGUUAAGCAUUAUAUACAAAAGAAUCAUUAUUCAAGGAUUCAUAACUCACGAUUACAUGAAUUUGUUUCCCGAGUUUGUUUCCAAAACCGUUGAUUACAUUCUUGUGGGAAAAAUACAUGUGCUUGAAGAUGUUUUGAUUGGUAUAGAGAGUGUUCCUUCGGCUUUUGUUGGAGUUUUUCAUGGGAAUAAUGUUGGGAAAAGAAUAGUUAAGAUCGCGGAUGAUUAAGGAUAGAAACAUAAGUUAUUUCUUAUUACCAAAACCAAUCGUCAAGAUGUUUUGUCAUGAAUUGUUUCAUGUGACACUUGUUGUAUGUUGAUAAAG